GCAUUUUUAUCCGUAGCGAAAUCCCAACAUUAUUAUUGUGCGAAUGAGUACCUCUCCGAGCGUGCCGACGCCGCCGCCAGCUCCGGCCAAGUCGCCGGUAGUUCAGACGACUGGCACAACUAUCGAUGGGAUGAAGGCGCUUCAAGAGGCCCAGCGGAAGUUGGAGGAGAGUUUGGCAAAGGUGGAAGGUCAGAUCCGGGAGAACGAAGCGAAUUACCUUGACGACACCGCGCAUGGCAACAUCAUUCGUGGAUGGGACGGAUAUGCCGACUUGAGGGGCAAGAAGGACGCGCUGUUGAAGAAGGUUCGCCCGUAUGCAGACAAUGAGAAGUUGUUCUCGACCUCGAGUGUGCACACGGGAAUGAAAUCUGCCGCGGCAAGUUCUACAAUGUCGGCUACUACUGCCUCCACAGAUCAAGGGGACGACGCCGACACGAAUGAGACUGGUGACGAACCAAAACGUUCCAAGAAGAAAGCAUCAGCGUCCUUGUCGUCCGCAGCCGCCGAAAGCGGACGGAGGGCUGUGCCUGGGAAGACUCCAACCGUCAAGAAGUCGAAGAAGCGAAAGCUCCUGGACGAGGAUUUUGAAGAGUUUGACGAAACGACCUCGUAAUACUAGUAACUGUUAGUGUAUGACUUAAAACCUAUUUGCAUCAUGCG